UAAUGUGUCAAAUCUCGUGAGCACAACACAGAGAAGGUCGUCGGUGUGACGAGCCCGCUCCUCUCCGGGUUACACUCCGGAUUCCGGACCGGGUUUUGCGGGUGUCCAUCACGGGCUCCUCACAGCCUCUCGCUGGUUUGAGCUCCUGUCCUGAUAUCACUCCGCUGGCAUGGUGGAGAAGCGGACCUGAUUGUUGUGAUGGUGGCAGGCAGCAGCCGCUGACUACACACUUCCGCCGCUGCUUCCCAUAUCCGCGUUUUGCGCCGUCUGGGCUGCUCGAGUAGCCUCUCACCGGACUACCGCGGGCGCCUGGGUCCUUGCAACCCCCACAACUCAACGUCUUCCCCGGGAUUUCUUUCAAACCAAAACCAUAUGAGAUGCAAGUUCACUGGGAAACUCCGGAGCCCGUUCGGUUCAGGCAGCAAAACUUUUUCUCCAAGGACAACACCGUGAGACGGCGAGUGGACUGUUACUGGUGCCGCCGCCGCCGCUGCUGCUCCUCCGCGGGACGGUUUGUGUGUGUGUAACCGCUGAGCGCCUGCUCACGUCCGGACCUCCGCCGUAUUGUUGUGUUGUUUCCCGGUGGAGUUGUUGUUAGCAGCGUGGCAGCGGGUGUAUUGUUGGAUUCAGUGCGGGGCUUGCCCGGCUCUCACUCGGGCUGCCUGUUAUUUGUGUUCCCGGGAGCGGUUUGUUUGGAAACAGAGCACAGGAGGGAACAAGAGACGGUCAUUGCCGGGCUCGCAACCCUUUAAACCUGCCCGGCUGUUGUCGGUCGUAUCUGUCGUCCGCUACCCGGCUGCUUGGGACCCUUCGCCGGGGAGGACAGAGAGGGACACUCGGCGGUGGAGGUGGUCGGAAGAGGUGGCGGCGGUGUCUGUGAGCGAGACGGGGGGGAAAGUUCUUCCAAAAUAGCAGCCACCCGGCCCAGAGAUGGGGGACUUCGCCUCCCCCGCUGCCGGACCCAACGGCAGUAUCUGCAUCAACAACAGCAUGAACCCGGCCGCCGGGAGCGUGGUGCCCGCCGGGGCGGUGGGCAUACCUAAGCACAGCACCGUGGUGGAGAGGCUGAGGCAGCGGAUAGAGGGCUGCCGGAGACACCACGUCAAUUGCGAGAGCAGGUACCAGCAGGCACACGCCGAGCAGCUGGAGAUAGACCGCAGGGAGACGGUCAGCCUGUACCAGCGGAGUCUGGAGCAGAGGGCCAAGAAGUCCGCCGGCGGCAGCGGUAGCAGCAAGCAGCCGCAGAGCAAGCAGCCCGACCCGGACUCUGCCUCCUCCGCGGAACAGAGGAAUAACACGCUGAUCGCGCUCCAAGAGACUGUAAAGAGGAAACUUGAUAGUGCACGAUCGCCCCUUAAUGGAGACCAGAACGGCAUCUGUGAUGGAGGCAGCUACUCACCGACCACCAAACGGAUACGGAAGGAGGGCUCUGGUGGUUUGGACUCACUAGCAGGUCUCCCGAACAACAGUAACAGUGUACCGCCCAUCUCGCCUUUGCAUCACCAAAUGGACAUUAAGCCAUUACUUGGGGGGCCCAACACUUCCACCGGAAACAACACUACAAGCAGCAAUGGCAACCAUGUUGGCAGAGCAUCAGAUGAGCUGGGGAAGAACGGUGGCAGCCAUCUGCCAGACAUGAAGCUGAAUGGCUCACUUGACCUGGAGGACAGCUUCGGUCUCCUCAAAGAUCUGAAACAGGAGCCGUUGGAUGAUGGAGGUGGGAUGGAGUCGUCGGAUCCCCAGUCUCUGUCCAAUCAGAACAAACUGUUUUCUGACAUUAACCUCAAUGACCAGGAGUGGCAGGAGCUGAUCGAUGAGCUGGCCAACACUGUGCCAGAGGACGACAUGCAUGACCUCUUCAAUGAGGACUUUGAGGAUAAGAAGGAGGCAGAGUUUGGCAGGCCGGCUAACAAUCAGACACCGGGCCCGCAGGAAGCAGCAGGGAAUACGACGGCACCUGGAGGCGGGGCCGCGCCUGCAGCAGCCCUGCCUCCUCCUCCUCCUCAGCCCCCACAGGGAGGUCCACAGGUUCCCAUAGGUUCACCACAGGUCCGACCAUCAUCGUCUGGCCCUCAGUUUGCCACCACUGCCAAUGGAACACCUCCGCAACAACCUUUGCAGCAGUCUCCGGCCGUUGCCAUGGCAUCGGGUUCACCAUUGCACAACUGUGUGGCUCGUUCCCCUCAAACCCCGACCCAGGCUCAGACACAAGCAGUCUCCAGGCCUGGGAAUGGAUACAUAAUGAACCCAGGCCCCGGGGUGAGUCAGGCAGGAACAGGACCCGGAGCAGCUGGGGUCGCCCCCGGAGGUCAGCCUGUAGGGCCAGUGACGCCAGAACUUUCUCCAGCCGAGCAGCUGAAAGCAAUGGCUCAGCAACGUGCUAAACUGCUGCAGCAGAAGCAGCAGCAGCAGCAACAAGCAGCGAACUGGUCCCCUGCAGGCGCUCCAACCAGUCCCUAUAACUCUGGUCCCUUUAACCAGGACAAACCCAACAGCCCCAUGAUGUACCCACCGCAAGCCUUUAACACACCACAGGGCCCUCUAGUGGCAGGGAUGGCCCCCAACAAUGGGCCCAAAGCCCCCAUGAGCAACUACCUCCCUCACAACCACAUAAGCAUGAUGGGACAGCAACAGCCAAACAGUAUCAACCAGAACACCCUGUCCAAGCAACAGCAGCAGCAGCAGCAGCAAACAGCAGCCAUGUUGUCCUAUAGCAACACCAAACCACUGAGUCACUUCAGCGGCAGCGGGGUGGAUCACCUAGGCCAGAGGAUGACUCCACCAAUGGCAGGGAACAAUCAGGUCAAGAACCCCAUGAUGCCUCCCUACAUGGGUGGCGGGGGCCAGGGGGCAGGGCCAGGGCAGACCCAGGGCCCAAUCCCGGGACAGACGGCCCACCUUAGUGAAGAGCAGAAGAGGAUGUUGCUGAUGAAGCAGAAAGUGUUGAACCAGAACAUGCCCUACAGCGCCAUGCAGCCACAUGGACAGGAGCAAGGUGUGGUGGGAAUGUCACGACCACCGGGCGCUAUCCCUCCUCCUCACCCUGGGGGAGGUGUUGCCUCAGGGGUUGGACCCAACCAGGGGUCAGGACCACCUCCGGGCUACGUGGGCAAUCAGCAGCAGGCGGCCAUGAUGAAACAGAUGAUGGCGAUGGAGCAGGAGAAGCGGGUGCAGAUGCACAUGAUGGAGCAGCAGAAACAGCAGCUCUUCAGAGAACAGAGGCAGCAGCAGCAGCAGCAGCUACUGGCUGAGCAGCUCCAACAGCAGCAGCACCUCCCCAGACAGAUGGGCCAGGGCCAGAGGAAUCCAUACCCCCAAGUCAAUCAAUACCAAGGUCCUUCCCAGGAUCUGGCGUCCAGGAGCCAGGCUCUCCAGAACAUUCGAGCUGCCCGACUCUUACAGCAGCAGCAGCAGAGCCAGCAGCAGAUGGUCCAGAUGAGUUCUGUUCAGAGCCAGGGUGGCUCUGUGGGACCCCAAGCGGACAUGGGCCUACCCUAUGGCAACCAGGGGUCUAACCAGGGUUCCCUGUACGGGCUCAACCCCUCCAUGAGCCAAAUGAUCCACCAGCAGCAGCACCAGAGCCAAAGCGUCCAAGCCUCCAUGGGUCUUCCACCACAGCACAACCCCGCCGGAGGGCCACCACGGCAAGCAGGUGCGGGUCCUGGGGUCGGAGGUAUGCCAGGAGGCCCAGGAGGUGGUGGAGCUGGAGGUUAUGGGGGACAGGGGAUGUUAAUGAACUCCAUGACCCAGCAACCCCUCAAAGGCCCUCCCAAUGCCAAAGCUCAGGCACAGAGACUGCAAAGCAUGCUGGGAGCAGGAGGAGGUGGCGGGGGAAUGGGGGCGGGCGGCUGGCCGCAGCAGCAAGGACAGAGUCUGCAGGCCAUGGGGGGAGGAGUCGGAAGGACUACAGGAAGUGGUGGAGGGGACAUGGUGGGGUUCAGCUCAGCCCAGGGUUAUGGGAUGCAGCCAGGUCAACCCCCUCGCAUGGCCAAGCAACAUUUUCAGGGCCCGGGACAGGGGAUGAGCCAGGGAAUGGACCCAAGGGUGGGCAACCCAGCUGCAGGUAUGGGUGGUCCCAUGAUGGGCCCUCACAUGGUUGGUCAGCCCAGGACCAAUCAGCCCCGGCCCAUGGUCAUGAACCAGGGAAUGAACCAGGGGGUGAUGGGCCAGGGGAUGACUGGGAUGGGGAGUUUCGGGCCAGGACCGGGGGGACCAGGAAUCGGGACAGGGGGAGGUGGACCCUAUGGACCCGGAGGUGUUGGGGUUGGAGGUCAGCCACAGGGCUACCAGAGGACAGCCAAUCAGGACAUGUCAUCUUAUGGAUAUGGGGGCGGGCCCUCAGGUGGUGGAGCCUUCGGAUUGGGCGAUGGCUCAGGGGCGGAGCUGGACUCAAGCGAUGGGUGGAUGGAGGAGUUUUUCCCGAGCCAAUAGCCAACAGGGAAAGUGAAGAAGAGUUUUUACUGGAUGAACUAAACAUUAAAGUAGGACAAAAGUUAAAACCUGAGAGAGUAAAACAGAAAGGACGACACGACGUAGACUGGCAUGUUUUUGUUUUGUAAAACAUGGGCAAGGUUAUAAAUGAGUUCUUGUAUUAUGUUUCGUGUAUGAGCGUGUGUGUAUGUGUGCGAUUGUGUGAUGGAGAGAGAGCGAUCAUUAUGUCUUGUGCAUAUUAAUGAAAAACCAAUAUAGAGAUUAAGAGGUGUGUUUCAUUAGUUUCUUUUUUUUCUCUGCGGAAUGAAUUUUUCUCAUGUUCCAGUGUUUGAAAGCGAGCCCCGUUUACACAGCAGCGCUUUGAGCCCGAGCUUCAGCCGAGGCUGAUUGAACACCACAGACUGAUGAAGGGGAAGGAAGACUUGUUCUCAAGACAGCAAUUUAUUUGUGUUUGUGUUUGUGCCACCCAGCUCAGUGCUGCUCAGAUCUCUCAACUGUGUGAGGAGCUGAAGGGAGUAGAAAGCACUCUCAACGCUCCCAUUUCCUCUCUUAGAUUUGUGUCCCCCAUAUAUACACACACGCACACACACACACAUACAACAUACACAAAUCUCUCUCCCACACAAUCUCUCACUCUUUUCUCUUGACUUGAUCUCUCUCUGUUUCUCUCUCAUCCUCCUAUCUUUCCCAGCCUCUCUCCGGAGACUCGUUCCUCACUCUCAACACUCCUUUCUCUGUUUAAAUUGUGAACAUCACAACAGAACAAAUGAUGUUCCUCUAUUGUGCCAGACAAGCACACUCUGCCCUCUAGUGCUUUUGCUAGGCAACCGACCUGGGUGGCGUUAUUUUUUUUUUUUCUUUUCCUUUUUUUUUUUUUUGAUAAAGGGGUUCAUUUCCUGUGUGUGGCUGUGGAUGACGGGUAUGCACAUAGAGGAAGACAAAGAGAAUAGGCAGCUAAAGCAAGCAUUUGGUCUCAAAAGCUCACACACACACAGACACACACACACACACACACACACACACACACACACACACACACCAAUCACCCAACAAACAAACAUCAGCCCGGGAGGAUGAGCAGAUGUGUGAGAGGCAGCUAACAGAGCUAAUAUGACAUGAAACCCUCUCCCUGUGUGACACAAACCACAUCACAUGCAUCAGGCUGACAUGAAGCAGAAUGAUUCGCUGGGCACUGAAUGUAUUCAAGCACCACAAGUGACUUCUUAUUUUUAAGGGAAAAAACGCUCAUCAAAAAACCACCCACAUAUUGUUUUUUCCGUUGCUGUGUUUUAUCUCUGACAACGAUGCUGGUUGUAUCUUUGUUGCUUAAAAA